AAUAUUAAAUCUGUAGUAUAGGAAUAAACUUUUUUCGAGAUUUUUGACAUUCAUACUGUCAUCGACACAAUGACAGUUGACAGUUGACACAAGCCAGAAGUAUUCAAGUUGUAAUUCAAAAUAUUUAGAAAAAACAAAUCAUUUUAGGACACCACAGUAACUUUAUAAAGAGAAACUUUAUAAAAUAUGGUGGAUGCUUUGUAGAAUAACUAUAUAAAAUUUGUAUCCUAAAACUAUCAAUUAUAUACACUACAAGUGUAUUCCAAUUUAUUCAAAUCGUACAGGAGACAGUUAUACCAAUGUUUAAGUGUAAAAUACGCGCCUGCCGUACUUGUCUUAAUUCCGAAAAUGAAUACAACGCAUUGUUAAAUGGCGAAAAUUGGCUGGAACUUUUAGAAUAUUGUUUUGGCAUUCACGUAAAAGUUCAAGAAGAACCACAGACUAUAUGCAGAAAAUGUUCAGAUGUCAUUAGGAGUUUUGCCAAGUUUAAGAAGAAAUGUCUUGCGACUGAUGCGUUGUGGAAAUCUGUCACAUCUGAGGAUAACUACCUGAAACGUUUAAUUCAGAAUUAUACAACAGAAGUUGAAAUGAUCAUGAAAAAUAAACUUCUAGACAUUCAAAAUAUUAAUGAUAUCUUUCAUGAAAAAAAGAGUGAAAUUGGUGCUCAUGAUAUUAAAAUUAAAGAUGAAGGAAACAAAAAUAUUGAAAUUGAAACAAUAAAAUUUCUAGAUGAAGACUAUGAGUAUAGAUCUGAUGAUACUUUAGAUAAUGAUUCAGUUAAUUUCCAUGAUAGACUUCAAAUAACUUAUGACAAUGAUCACAAAGACAAGGAUACCAUUAAAAAACGUUUGAUUGAUGAUUGCAAAUAUGAAUCUGAUGAUGCAUUAGAUAAUAAUUUUAGUAAAUAUAAUGAUAAACUUCAAGCAAUCAAUGAAAAUGAUUUAGAACACAAGGAUAACAUUGAAAAAGAUUUGCUUGAUAGUGGUCAUAAAUGUGGAUCUGAUGAUGGUUUAGAUAAUGAUUCUGGUAAUGUUAAUAAUAGACUUGAGACAACUGAUGACAAUAGUUUGGGGCACAAUGAUAACUUUAAAAUAAAUAAUGACACCAUAAAGGGUAUACUGAAAUGCCAGAAAUGUAAUAAAGUUUAUGGAAGGGAGGGAUGGCUUAAAAUGCACAUGACACUCUGUGGCAAAACCAAAGAUGAAAAAAAGGAAAUCCGUAGAAACAACAAAAAGACACAAGAACACCUGUGUGGCCUUUGUAGAUUUACAUCCAAAUCUGAGCAACUAGUCAGUCGACAUUUUGAGGAGCACUGUUCUAGGAAUGAUUUGCGAUGUCAAAUGUGCGAAUUUGUAGGCAGAGAUUUUGCGGAUAUGGUAGCACACAGGAUAUCUCACAACUCAGAGGCACUUAAAGUGAAAAAGUCUUGUCCUGCAUGCAAAAAAACUUUUGUAUCAAGACUGUCCAUGCAAUUUCACUACAGGUCAGCGCACUUAAACAAAAAUGGCGGCUAUUGUUCUAAAUGUGAUAUUGAAUUUUCCCUGUACAAAACUUUCGAAUCGCAUGUACGUACACAUGCAGGGAGGAAGUAUGUAUGCGACGUCUGUGGAUUGAGAUUAAUUUUCAGAUUCUUCAAACGAAGCCGAAUCAUUGAACAUUUAAGAAAUCACAAGGAAAUAAAUAAUUUUAUUUGCGACGAAUGCGGUAAAGGAUUUAAACGCCACAACAAUUUAUUGUUUCACAUGAGAACGGUGCACGUGAAAGAACAACCACUGAAUUGUACACACUGCAAUAAGAUGUUCAAAAACCUGUACACAUUGAAAAUGCACAGAAAGCGACAGUUGGGAACGAAAAACUCGUUAAAAUGUGAAUUUUGUGGCAAAUGUUUUGCAUCACCACAUUUGCUUCGGAGUCAUAGGUUUUGGCAUUCUGAGGAAAGACCACAUUGUUGUGAAAUUUGCGGUUCUAGAUACAAAGCGAAGGGGCAACUGAAAGUGCAUAUGCAGAAACACACUGGCUCCAAACCUUUUGAGUGUGAUCUGUGUAGCAAAUGUUUUACUACUGCACGAGAGCUGAGAAGGCAUGCGAGUGUGCACACAGGUAUACGCCCACACAAAUGUCCGCACUGUGACAGAACGUUCCAUUCUAAGAAGCAAAUGUUGAAACACAGUGCUUUUUGCCAUAAAGGGUGUGAAGUCGGCAAAGUUGACAAAAGUGCGAAUAAAUGAAUUAUUAUAGUUUCA